AUUCAAGUCAAGCAUAGCGCAGGAAAUGACACUUCAGGAGCUUUUAAAAAAUGAUGAGGACAAGCGGAGCGAUCAGGGCGGUAAAUCAGGUGAGCGGCUCGCAGGAUGGCGACAGCAUGAGGUGGCGGCGGUGGCUGUCAGUCGGCGCGGUGACAUGUUCAUCAAGGCGCGGGUGACAUCACUCAAUCAGUGUAUCCGUCAGCAGGAGGACUGGUCAGCGGCAUCAAACACAGAUCUCAUAAUUGGAGUGUCUCCUGCUAAAAUCCAUCACUGA